AUGGCGAAUCCUGCUUCGGGGGUGGAGAAAAUGGAAGUCGAUGAACCUUCUAAAGCUGCAGAGGAAAAAGAACCUCCCAAGGAUCUAAAUGCUAUUGCUUUAGAAAAUAUUAAAGAGCACUGUGCUCUUCUCGAUAAAGGUGACGUUCAUUUUGUUGCACGUGUUCUACAAGUAUUACCGAAGACGAGGAAACAGUGCAAUGUUGAGGUGCUGCAUCGCCUGGUCACAAGUCAAAUAGCAUCUCCUUCCCUGCACAAGGAUGCUCUCCUAGCAUGGGUUCCGUGUAACGUUCCAUUGGCAAUGGAAGUGGAUACGAAGCUUGCACCCGCUGCUUCAACAGGUUCAUCCGCCCUCAAAUCACCUCGUCCUGCUCGCAAAGCUGCUACUACCUCACCGGAAUCUGAGCUCUAUGUCCAUCUUCUUGUUUUGCUCUAUUUGGUCGAUCAGAAUAAACUAGACGAUGCUAAGAAAUGCGCGGAAAUGUUAAUUUCAAGAGCUGAUUCGUUAGACAAGAGAUCUCUCGAUCCGAUCGUUGCUAAAGGUAUUUUUUACCUGGCGCUCAUUUAUGAAAGACAACACAAAUUGCAUGAACUGGGAUGCUUCCUCAACUCACGCCUACGUACGGCUACUCUCAGACGACAAAGGGAAUCACAGGCUGUUCUCAUUUACACUCUUCUUCGCUGUUAUUUGAUCAACAAGCAGUUUCAGUCGGCAGCUAAGCUCGUUUCUAAGGUCACUUUUCCCGAAGGAGCUAAUAAUAACGACUUGGCCCGUUUCUUAUAUUAUCAAGGGCGUAUAAAAGCCCUUCAACUUGAUUAUACUGCCGCAGCUGGCUACUUCUUGCAGGCUAUGCGAAAGGCACCACAAGAAGCUGCUAUAGGUUUCAAGCAGAAUGUGCAGAAAUGGAUAGUUGUUAUUGGAUUGCUCCAGGGAGAAAUACCUGAACGAUCUAUGUUCCGUCAACCAAUCUAUCGCAAAUGUUUACAACCAUAUCUCGAGUUAACUCAAGCUGCUCGACUGGGAGAUCUGGCAAAGUUCAAUGGUGUUGUUAAACAGCAUGGACCAGUGUUCGAAAAGGACGAAACACUCACACUUAUUGUUCGACUUCGACAGAAUGUGAUCAAAACAGCUGUAAAACAGAUUUCUUUGGCAUACUCACGAAUAACCAUAAAGGACAUUGCUCAGAAAUUGGGAAUGAGCAAUGAAAUAGAAACAGAAUAUUUGGUGGCAAAAGCUAUUGCGGACGGUGCAAUAGAUGCAGUGAUUACGUGUGAAACGAAGGAUGGACAGAGGUUUAUGCGCAGUUCAGAAACGGUCAACGUCUACACUACGACUGAGCCACAGAUGCAUUUUGAUAGUAGGAUUAGAUAUUGCUUGGAAUUGCAUAAUCAAGCGGUUAAAGCCCUUCGUUACCCGCCCAAGAACAAGUGUGAUGUGGAAAGUAUUGAAGCCCAACGGGAAAGGGAACAACAGGAAUUGGAGUUUGCGAAGGAGAUGGCUGAUGAGGACGAUGAGGAUUUCUAA